UCCAGCUCGUACAAAUAAGACAGUGACAAGCUUAUUUGAACGACCUUUAAAACAGACAAUAUUCGUUCUAUUCUUCAUUUAUAUUGCAUGAAUGAAAUAAAGGGAUAUAAAUAAUGCAGAAGCAAGAUCUUCAUAUGAGGGAUUGCCUACCUUCAUCGGUCCCACUGAAAAACAGUUAUUACCAUGGAACGUGCACGGAACCUUUGUCUGGUAACACUAUUGGUGACGUACUUGAGGACGCAGCAAAACAAAACCCAGAUCACGUGGUGUUUCGCACGCAUGAAUAUCAGGAGCAAAUUACUAUUUCAGAUUUAAAACUUAGGGCAGAUGAGGUGUCAAAAGCAUUAGUCGCAUCAGGACUACAGCGAGGAGAUAUAGUAUUUUUGGUUGGUGUAACGGAUAUUGAAUACUUUGUGUUGUAUUAUGGUAUUACACAAAUUGGCCUCAGUUUUCACUUUCCACAAUUAAGUGAGCCAAUAGAAAUGGAUACGGCUACAUAUUGCAAGCAUAAUCCUGCAUUGAUAUUUGUUGGAAGAGAUCAUCCAUCCGCAACUAUUCCAGUAAUAGAUGAGUAUCAACAAAAUCAUAAAGUUCAGGGAAGAGUACCAGUUCCUGUAAUAUUAGUAAAUACAUCGAUACAAAACAGUAACUUCACAGAUUACAAAAGUUUUCUUCAACAUGGGGAUACCAUCAAUAAAGAUGAAUUUCUGGCAAGAAGUAAACAGGUUUCUAUAGAUGAUAUAGCAGUACUUUUUGACUCAAGCGGGACAACUUCUGGAAAAAGCAAAACAGCAUGUGUUUCCCAUCAUACAUUGGUCAAUGCUGCCAAAUUUUCACGCCGUGCUUAUACUAGCACCGCUCCUAGUGUGAUUGGUGUCCUGAACCCAACAAUAGAUGACGCCGGAUGUACUCUACAGGUGACUUGCACCGUUUAUCAUAGAGCUGUAUGUGUAAUGGGACCAACAUCGAUGACACCUACCGUUGACGCAGUGGAAGUGUUUAUGGCAUUUAUUGACAAAGAAAAAAUAACUUGGUAUAAUGGGCUGCCAUUUGAGCUCAUCCAUGCAAUGAAUUCUCCAAAAAGAAGCAACUACGACCUUUCUUCAUUAAGAGGAGGAAAUCUUUUAGGACAAGUUACAAGGUCUGACACUAAAAAGAAGCUUUUACAGUUUUUCAAAGACUCAGUGACUUUAUUUGGGUCAACAGAGGCGUUUUCAGGAUUAAGUACAUCACCCGUGCACUCUAGUUUAGAACAACGUAUAAACACCGUUGGUUACGGAUAUCCCCAUACUGAGAUUAAGCUUGUAGAUAGUAAUAAUGUAGUGGUACCUAUAGGGGAGCAAGGUGAGCUUUGUGUAAGAGGAUGGACGGUAUUUAAACAAUAUCUUCAUGAUGAGGAGUUAACAGCCCGUGCUAAAGACAUCACCAAAAACGGGUGGUAUCAUUACGGAGAUAUUUGUACAAUGGAUGAGACUGGUCACGUGACCUAUAUUGGUAGAAAGGCAGAUUGUGUGCGCUACAAACAUUUCUCAGAUGUCGUGUAUCCGGUACAGAUACUGAGUGUCAUAGAGACGAACAAAAAAGUACAAAAUGCAAAAGUAAUAGGAAUACAAAGCGAUGAAAAGGGAGACGAUAUUUGCCUUUGUGUAGAACCAAAACCAAACUGCACUGUUACAGAAACUGAAUUAAAAGAUUCGCUCAAAGAAAAGCUUAUAGCAAGUCUGUUACCUGAUCAUUACUUUAUCUUCGAGGAAUUUCCAAGAAUAGGUGCUAGAAAAAAGAUUGCUUUAAAUGGGUUAAAAGAUAUUGUAGAGUCGAAGCUGACUGAGGAGAGGCGAAUAAGCAAAUAGAUAUACAAAAUAUAAAUGCAUUGUCAAACAAGUGAAUAGAAAUAUAUCAA